AGAGAGAGAGAGAGGAGGGGGAGAAGGAGAGAGGUGGAGAGAGAGAAAGACACCAGUAAAGGAAUGAUUCUGUCAUUUUGUUUGCAAGAGAAGAGAGAGGAGAGAAGAGAGGAGAGAAGAGAGGAGAGAAGAGAGGAGAGAAGGUGGCACAGAACAGAGAGAAGGGAGAUACUAGAGAACAUGCACACCGCCCGCUGACAUACAUUCAGGAAUCAUGUUGACUCUACCAUAUGAAGAACCAGAUAUGACGUAUGAGCCCCGGUUUGGAGCCAACUACCCCCGUGGGAGCUUACCGGAUCUGGAGCCAAACCCAAUACACAGCCUGAACGUCACGUCGGACCCGGAGAGAGAGGGCGAGGAAGAGCCAGACCCGAUACACAGCCUGGACAUCACGUCGAACCCGGAGAGAGAGGGCGAGGAAGAGCCAGACCCGAUACACAGCCUGGACAUCACGUCGGACCCAGAGGAGGGUGACAUCUCAGAAAGAGAGGACGAGGAAGAAGAGAGAGAGGACGACAUCCAGCAGGAUGAAAACGGCCACCCCAGAAAGAGAGGACCACGGAGAAAGAAGUUGACUAAAGGUAGACAGGAGAGGGUCACGGUGCGCCGUCAUGAGGCAAACGCCCGUGAGCGCAGCAGGAUGCACGGUCUGAAUGACGCGUUAGAGAGCCUCCGAAAGGUGGUGCCCUGCUACUCCAAGACCCAGAAGCUCUCCAAGAUAGAGACUCUGCGCCUGGCUAAGAACUACAUCUGGGCCCUGUCAGAGACGCUGUCUGCGGGCAAGAAGCCGGACCUGCUGGGGUUCGUUCAAACUCUGUGUAAGGGCCUGUCCCAGCCCACGACCAACCUGGUGGCUGGCUGUCUGCAGCUGAAAGCCAGGUCUUUCCUCACGGACCACAACGGAGAGGUGACGUACCCCGGUAGUACGGCCCACUAUGACAACAUGUAUCCCUACCCCGGAGCAGAUCUGGGCACGGCCCCUGGACAAGCCUGCAGCACCCUGGUCAGCGGCAAGCCGUCCUACCACAGCCGGCACUACAGCUACGGUGGCCAGUACGAGCCGUACUACGACCACACGUCUCCUGAGGGAGGAAGGGAGGGACACCUAGGCGGACAGAUCAGCCCUCCUCUGAACUUUAACGGCAUAUUCUCUCUGAAACACGACGAACCGGAGGAGUACGGGAAGAGCGGCCACUAUGGGAUGAGAUACAAUUCUGUGCCCGGUCACGGCUCCCUCAGCUCGGCAUCCAUGUACCGGGUCUCGCCAGAGGGCCGGUUACACUAUGAAUUACACCUUCGGUCCGCAGGGCAGACCCACAAGGCUGAGACUCAGAGCCAGUAGGCAGAGCUGCCAGGCUGAGACUCAGAGCCAGUAGGCAGAGCUGCCAGGCUGGGACUCAGAGCCAGUAGGCAGAGCUACCAGGCGGGGACUCAGAGCCAGUAGGCAGAGCUACCAGGCUGGGACUCAGAGUCAGUAGGCAGAGCUACCAGGCUGGGACUCAGAGCCAGUAGGCAGAGCCACCAGGCUGGGACUCAGAGCCAGUAGGCAGAGCCACCAGGCUGGGACUAAAAGCCAGUAGGCAGAGCUACCAGGCGGGGACUCAGAGCCGACAGGCAGAGGCAUAAUUAAUAGAACACUUAAAAGGUUAUACUUCCCCUGUUACUAUUCAUCACACACACACACACACACACACACACACACACACACACACACACACACACACACACACACACACACACACACACACACACACACACACACACACACACACACACACACACACACACAGAUCACCAGUGGAAGGAGCACGGUGUGCCAAUACAAAGUGUUUAAGAUGCAAUUUCUUGAUUGAUGAGUUUAUGAAUGUAUUAAUUUCUUCCCUGUGUAUUGAAUUAUCUAUGUAACUAUUUGUUUAUUCAUUGACCUUAACAUAUAGCAGUUUGUCACAGGGAAUUUAACACUGGUUUGAUUGCAAAUGUUGUGUAAAAAUAUUUUCUGUUGUGUUUUUAAAAUUGGGCCUAUAUCUAUAGCUGAUAAACAACUAGGCUACUGAAUCAUAUUAAUACAAUUAUUAUGGAAACUUGGAGAUGACCAGGGGUGUAGAUUAUCAAGGUAAAAAGCAAACACGAAUUAUUAUCUCAUCAGGGAAUUAUGUUUCAUUUGACUUGUUUUCGCCGUGAGGAGACCUGCAACAAUCUUCUAUAAAGAGACGCAAUGCCAGAAAUAUCCGAACUACAGGAAGAGAUUCCAGAGAAACAUGUUCAAUAGGGAUUUAAUCCCACAGAAGAAAGGCCUCUGUAAUGCUAUAGGCCUUUGUGCUGACUGGGUGCAUGUUGGAAUAUAGGUGUUUAAAUAAGGCUCAUUAAUUAUGUCGUCGUGCCAAAGCCUCAACGCAGCAGCUUAGCUCAAUGUAUAGGUAAUAUUAGCUCAAAUCAAAUUAACACUUCAACUGUAUAAAUGUCGAAGGAAAAUGCAUUUGUAUUUAAAUCAGUGAAGUAAAAAAAGGUGAAUGUGAUCUCUUAAUGUAUAUGAAAAAAUUAUGAUCCAUUAGUUUACAAAUAGGCCUACUUCAUUUUUUUGGUCUUAAUAAUGUGUUUAAAAAUAAUGUGAAUGAUAUCAUUUUGUGAAAAUGUUUCGGUGCAAUAUUGAGUGACUGUUGUUCUGUAAAUCAUCAUCAAUAUCGAUCAUCACCUCCAUCCUCACUAUUCUUACUGAAGAACAUCAUAAUAUCAUGAGCCAGAAUACAGUAUAUACUCUUAGAGAAAAAGGUUCUGGAUAUUAACAAAGAAUGGUUAUAUGCUAGCUUUAUGUAGGGCACCCUUCAGGUUCUAUAUGAAACCUUAUAUGGAACCCAAGUGUUCUACAUAGAACCCAAGUGUUCUAUAUGGAACCAAUUUUGUUUUAGUGAAGAAGAACCCCUGGGGUUCUGAUCAAACAACCCUACAAAAGGGUUCUGUACCUAACCUUUACGUGUGCCAUAUAUGAAGCGAGCAAUACCCUUUUUGGUUCUAUCCAGAAGGGUUAGGGUUUUCUAAGAGUUAUGUAUGGAUAUUUCUAAGCCUUACUUUGACAGAGUUGUUGAGGCCAGAUAUGCACCGGUAUGGGGACCAUGAUUAUGGGCUUUGGGCUGUGGACGGUAUUGUUAUUGUUUUUACUUUAGCCUUUAUUUAUCCAGGAGGUCCCAUUGAGGUUAGAAAACCUCUAUAAGCAUUACGUGGGGCUAGAUUAACCUGCGGUAACCGACAAAUGCGUAGCAGCUUCAUUGAUUUUAUUUAUGCGGUGUCAGCUGUCAAAUCAACAAGCGGCUCGCAGCAUUAUAUCUAAAGAGGACAUUACUAUUACAAGGGCCAACUGGCAUUAGUAAUAAUCCCAUGUAGACUUGUUCAAACACUGGAAUGUGUGAUGUAAUCUACACCUUGAUUAGGCUGAUAUAAAUCCUUACUAUCUUGUUUCAUGAUUUUCUAUUUGAGUGUCAUUAACUCUAUAUAGCCUAGCUACAUUUUCUCCUUCUGAAGGGUCGUGACAACCACAUUAGCAGCAAGCCGCUCACCGAUGUGAGGCAGUUAAGGCAGUUACACCUCCGCAAAAAUACCAGCUAUCGGGGUGUCGGCUUUUGUGGGUAAACUCUUGAUCAGACAGUGGCUAUAGACUUUGGCCUGUGUAGUCCUACAUGGUAAGAGUGAUGGGUUAUGUACAGUAAUGUGUAACUGUCCCAUGAUAGAAGAUAGAUGAUCUCUCA